AUGCCCAAGUCGCCAAAGACUAACCGUGUUACAUUCAAACGUAACAAACCUGCGGCCAAAGCCGUAGGUGAGUGGAGGUCGGAUCCCCCUCGGCUUCCGCCUGGGUGGCAACAGUAUUUCACAAGGCGCUGCAACAUAGAUCACAGGAUUGAAAACAAUAGGCAUGUAGAUUCUCUCGCAGUCUUUCAAGGAUUUGAGGAUGCGGAAGCUGCUGAUUUGAAUCUUGCCAGGGGGGGUGGAGUGCUCCGUGCCUUCAUGCAGAAGUCUACGGAACGAGAGGAUUAUGUGUCGGGAAUCGAGCAAUUUUGUUGUCACAUGAGCCUGUGGCGCCUAUUAAAUGAUCAAGCCGAGUCCAGCCAGAGAUCUAUUGCAUGGCUAGAUGAGCGAAGUUUCGCGGCUGGCUUGAUGCGCUCAAGACCUUAUCGCGGGCCUUUAACUGCUCGUAGCCUUUACCGUUUCCGUGACAACAUUGAUAGAAACGGCGAAAUAGUGCGAUUCAAAAAGAAAGACCAGCCGGAGCCAAACGGUGAACAUUCUCGGGCAGUCCCGGACAGCUGCUGCGAAGCAGACGCUGACCGACAUCAAUGGACAAUCUACGCGCUUGUUGGCACAGCCUCAUAUCAUCAAGCUUCCCCGCUCCGCGAUUGCCUUAAUCGAUAUGUUGAAUUUGAGACCUUCAUCGACGUAACCUUCGUGGUACCCUUUCAACUCUCGUUCCAUUUGCCACAUUACGUGUGGAGACGUGCUGCCCACGGACGUGCAGAUCACCGCCGUGACUCUAAUGCUGCUCCAUUGAGACAGACUGUUGAAGUUUCUUACCUGCAUUUGCAAAACCCGAGCGAUAGAAGUUUUCUAUACGAGUCGCAGAUUUCCUGUGUGAUAGCCGGAUCAGACAAACGGACAUGGGUAGGCUACUGCUUUGUUGACACCUUCUUUGACGUAGGGUCAGAGGUCAGAGAAAGCGUCCACUCAAUUCAUGAUGAUCUCGUUGAUGGAGGUGCGCAUAUGGACCCCUUCACGUAUGGAAUAAAGGACGCAGAAUCUCCAAUUCGGGAUCCCAGGGAAUAUUUCUUAACGGUUUUCCGAUUACGAGCCCGCCAAGUAUUGACGGAGUGGCGGCGUGUUGUUUGGGAGCUGCGGCAAGGCAUUCGUGCAUAUGAACUGGUAGGUCUCUUACCCCUAUGGAUUUUCAAGAGUUGUCCUACCGGCGGAUCUUCGCCUGGUUGCGCAUUGCCACCUAUUUGCUAA